UCUGAGGCGGAGUAGGAUGAGGCCCGCGGCCGCGGCUCCGGCGUCGGCGGGGGCAGCAGCAGCUGAGGCAGCAGCUGGGGCAGCCGCGGCAGCCGCGCCCCCUGCCCCUGACCCGCGUUAGGCCCGGCAGCUCGGUGGCCGCCGCCGCCCCGCGGGGGGGCGGGGUGGGGAAGGGCUCCGUCUCCCCGCCCCCCCCCCCCCAGUGCCGCCUCGCAGGAGGCGCCCGUCGCGACCCCAGCGGAGCCCAGCCUUGAGCCCCCGGGCCGGGGCCUGGCAUGAGCAGCCCUCCGGCGGCGCCGGGGCGCGGGGGAGCCGCCGCCUGAGCCCGGCCUGCCGCCGACCCCGCCUCGCUGGCCCGGCGCGUGCGAACGGCCCGCCGCUGCUUCUGCCUCCUCCGGAUCACACCUCGUAGCCUCGGAAGAUGGGGAACUGCCUCAAGUCCCCCACCUCGGAUGACAUCUCCCUGCUUCACGAGUCCCAGUCCGACCGCGCUAGUUUCGGCGAGGGGACGGAGCCGGACCAGGAGCCGCCGCCGCCAUAUCAGGAACAAGUUCCAGUUCCAGUCUAUCAUCCAACACCAAGCCAGACUCGCCUAGCAACUCAGCUGACUGAAGAGGAACAAAUUAGGAUAGCUCAAAGAAUAGGCCUUAUACAACAUCUGCCUAAAGGAGUUUAUGACCCUGGAAGGGAUGGAUCAGAAAAAAAGAUCCGGGAGUGUGUUAUCUGUAUGAUGGACUUUGUUUAUGGGGACCCAAUCCGAUUUCUGCCGUGCAUGCACAUCUAUCACCUGGACUGUAUAGAUGACUGGUUGAUGAGAUCCUUCACGUGCCCCUCUUGCAUGGAGCCAGUUGAUGCAGCACUGCUUUCGUCCUACGAGACUAAUUGAGCCAGGGUCUCUGGUCUGACUUCAAGUGAACCAUCAUUUUUUGGUGGUUUUGAUCUUUUGUCACUGAGCCCAAAGAGUCAGGGAUUAGGAAUUAAGAUCAUGCACAAAAGUUUCCUAAAAAUUCCUGAAUGGCUGCAGAUGUUGGGGGAAAAAAUAUGUGAUAUUUUAGAAACUUAGGGGGAAAAGUAGGAUGGUAUUUUUAUGUAAAGCCUUGACCCAGUGUUUAAAAAUAUAAUUGUAUUUAGAUCUUGUUAUGCUCCAGUACAUAGGAAUUGUGUAAAGUGUUACAGCAGCUGUAUAUGUUUAAAUUGUGUGUGUUGAAGAUUAGGAAAAAGAUAGUGGUUGUUUUUCCUAAAUGAAAUAACUCUCUUUUUCCCCCCCACCCAAAUUCUUUUCUGAAGUUGCUGGCAUUUGGGUCAAGGUUUUAUUAAAAGCUACAUUUUAUAACACUGGCACAAAAAAAGUAGUUUUAAGCUUGUUUGCACAGUUCUUUUUUUCCAUUGGAAAUGGAAUUCAUUGCCUUAGGUCUUUUUAAAUAGUGUAUUAUUAUCGUUGGGGCUGGCUCUAUGCUUGAAAACCAGUUUAUUUAUAACCUGUUAUAAGUGCUAUAUCUGUUUGCAGUUAGGAAAUGCAGAAUUCAAAGUGAUCUCCUAGCUUGUAAGCAAACUGAGAUGCACUAUCCCUUUUCUAUAAACACUGAGUUAAUGUCAAGAAACCAACUCUAGUAAAGUGGGGUUUACUGUUACCCUUUCCUGUGUGUUUUAUCUAAUUACUUUGGUUGUUAAUAUGGUAAUAAUUAAAAGUCAAGGUAAAUUUUAAAUAUUAAGAUUUCUGAUUUAUGGAGCUUGAAUUAUGCCACCAUGCUUAUGUAAAAUGAAAGUGGCACCAUGGUGAAACUGAGAAAAGUUGCUCAGUUCUAACAGUUUUGAUUUAUUCUUUCUUGCGACCUCCUUCCCUUAUUGUCUUGAACCAUAGCAAAAGGAUACUGCAUCUCUUAUUAUUGUAGUGAUGAGGUUAUUGAAGUUAUAUAAAACACAUCUCAGUCUGUUUCUUUGAAAGGAAAGUCCUGCUGGCUGACAAGUCUAAGCAGGGAGAAUUAAGAUAAACGUAUUCAUGUUUUGCACACAAACGCAGAAUUUGUAUAACCAUAUGACUUCAUAGUUGUGAUCUCAAAGCGGGAAUUUCUCCUUUAUCUUUCUUGCAGUUAAUGUAAGAACACUGAAUCUCUAAGCUUCUGAAGUGUUAGAGGUGUUAGAGGUAUAGAUGGUUUAGUAAAGAUGUAGUUUGUAAUGUUUUAUCCAUUUAGCAUGUGUUUAUUUUUCCUUAUGUACUCAGAGGUGACUUAUUUGUUCAGCUCAGUGAUAUUACAGCUAAGUAUCAUUCAUUAGCAAAAGGAGAAGCAAUCUCAAUCUAACAUCAGAAAUGUUUAUUUAAUAUUGAGUUGAAUAUUUGACUCUAACACUUUUCUACAUACAAAACACAAGUAUCUUGAGGGUUCUUCAUAAUUGCAUUGUAGAGGAAUUCAGUAUGUCAUAAAUACUUAAAGAUUUGACACUAGACUGUAGUAUCCAUAUGUUGGUUAAUUUUCUUAUGAGCCCCAUGAUGGAAAGACUUAAAGAUGAAUUUGAGAAAAACUGAAAAUUAAAUUAUCAGGUUCUGUUAAAUUGUUACAUGUAUCUUGCUUAAGUUUUUGUUCAUUAAUUUAUAUCCAUUCAAUUACAUAAAGCAAAUUUGGAGGAAA